AUGAACCACUCAUUUCCAGCCAACCCCAGUGUCGAGGCCCAGCAAGACGCUGCCUGGAAGAACCUCGUCCUUGCAUUCCUCUCAUAUCAUCCGCCGGCAACGAUGAAUCCCUGGUUGAGAAACGCCCUGGGGGACCUAGUCCAAGGUUUCUUCGCCACAAGCCAGGACCAGACGAUGCAAGGCCUUCUCAACGCGCUGGACGCUCGCUACAACGUGACCGGGUUGAUUGAUGGCGUCUCCCUCGCCACUAUUCGCAACAGCGCCGCUAAUCAAGCCACCACGAUGCCACAACAGCAGCCACAGUUGUUUCACCCGCCUCAGCCAACGCAACCGGCCGCCCUUCAAUACGCGUUCACCAAUGCACCUACGAUGCCGCCCGCGCCGUCCCUCCCAAAUCUGCCGCUACCGCCACCGCCACGGCCACCGUUCGCAACCCAGCAGCCAACACGUGGACGCUGCUUUCCGCCCAACCUCAACCGCAGUGUCACGAUCAAAUGGCGCCAAAAUGACUGGGCGUACGUCUGCGACCUAUGCGGCCAUACCCACCCAGACCGCGGAGACUUCGGCCGACAUAUGAUGAUCGGAGCUCUACGAAGCGGUUUCAAGAUCGUCAGUGCAGAUCCAGAGAACGAUCGCCAUUGGUAUGCUGUGGACGAAGCCGGGAACGAAUACAUGGGUGAUAUUGUUGCAUGCACCCGGAACAAGGAGAAAGGCGGGAAACGUGUGCAGGUGCCGCAUCCGCCGCCAUGUGGGCCGAGGAUCGUGGCAUUUGAGAGGCCGCGGCGGCAGCGAGCGAGGAUUGCGGCAGAGACCAAGGCGAAUGCUGCCAAGUCGAGAAAGCAGAAGAACGAGGAGACAGGGAAAGACAAAGACCACCGGGAAGGAGCCCAGGAGUGA